UUACGUUUACAUUCUGUUCUCGACGUCGCGUUCAUCGUAGGGAGCCAUUAGCCUCGUCCGCGUUAAGCAUCGUGCCAUAUUCCCAUUCGCGCCCUAAUACUAACAACAUUCUCGUAGUUUUAAGUGAAAUAUUAUGAGAGUGAAAACCGAAAUGGACGACGACGAAAAGGGAAAGCUGUUUGUUGGUGGUUUGUCAUGGGAGACAACACAAGAAAACCUGCAACGUUACUUUGGCCGUUAUGGCGAAGUAAUUGAUUGUGUUGUUAUGAAAAACAGUGAAUCUGGACGCAGUCGUGGUUUUGGAUUUGUAACAUUUAGUGAUCCCGCUAAUGUUCCAUUAGUUCUUCAGAAUGGACCGCAUCAACUUGAUGGGCGCACAAUUGACCCGAAGCCUUGUAAUCCACGCACUCAGCAAAAGCCGAAACGCAGUGGAGGCUUUCCAAAAGUUUUCCUUGGUGGCUUACCAAGUAACGUGACUGAAACAGAUUUGAGGUCAUUCUUUACCCGUUUUGGUAAAGUUAUGGAGGUUGUCAUAAUGUAUGAUCAAGAAAAGAAGAAGUCAAGAGGAUUUGGCUUUCUCAGUUUUGAGGAUGAAGACGCAGUGGACCGAUGCGUAGCGGAGCAUUUCGUCAACUUAAAUGGAAAACAGGUUGAAAUCAAACGUGCAGAACCACGAGAUUCUUCUAGCAAAAUGAAUGAUAGCCAUCAAGGUCAAUGGGGACCACCUCAACAAGGUGGGCCUCCAAUGGGUAUGGCUGGGAAUAUGGGACCUAUGGGCGGUCCAAAUGGUCAGAUGGGUGGACCUAUGAUGGGGGGUCCAAUGGGCCCACCAGGAAACAUGAUGCAGCAGUAUCAAGGUUGGGGUACCAGUCCUCAGACUGGAGGAUAUGCUGCUGGAUACACUACUCAAUAUAAUUCGCAAGGUUGGGGUGCACCUCCUGGUCCUCCACAACAACAACAAAUACCGCCGCCUCCCCAUCAUCAGUGGGGGAAUAGUUAUAAUGUCCAGCCUGCUGCGGCUACUCAAGGAUAUGGAAGCUAUGGUGGGCCGGCGGCCGCCGCUUCAGGGGGCUAUGGGCCCACGGCGGGUACUGGCGGGGCUGCGGGGGGCGGGCCCGGGGGUUCUUGGAACUCCUGGAACAUGGCACAAAACGGUCCUCCUCCUGGGACCCAGCCACCACCUCAGCCCCCUCAGCCUAACUCCUCGCAGCCCAACUCCAACUCGAACCCCUCUGGCCCGCAGGGUGACAUGUAUUCGCGACAGACCACUGGUUCAGGUGCACCUGGGUCCAGUAGCAGUUCAGCUAAAACUCCGGAUUAUACUGGGUACUCUGCAUAUGGUAAUUACGCUGACACCAGUUAUCCUCAGCGUUCGUACCAAGGAGGAGAAAGCAACCAAGGAAAGUGGAGAAUACAUCUGCCCGACUUAAUAAAAUGGAACCGCCAAGGAAAAGAGGGUAUUAGGUUCUAGAAAUAUUGAUUUCAUUGAUCGCUCGCGACAACGGCCCAUGAUCUUAUUGGGUUUCAAAGGUACUGUGGAAACAAUUGAAACCACACACUAAAAACAGAUAAACAGAGAGGAAUAAGUAGCAAAAAAAGCAAGACGAACAAAAUGCCAGGACAAAGAGUAAAUGGACACCCAUGGUGCAAGUAAAUUUUUGUAUGGCACUGGGAUAGAGGGUAGGAAGCGGAACAUAGAAGUAUUAUAAGAGUUAGAUUGAAUGGAAUAAGUAAAAUAAAGCAAAUAAAACGAAAGCGAGUGUAAAGAAUAAGGGAAUGCUGAACAUUAAUUACUUACCAGCAUUUGAGCGGGGGAUGGAUGAAAUUUCGUUUUGAGAAAUUUCUUCUCAGUGGAUGGCACAAAUUUCGAUGCUCGUUCACCUUUUUGAUACUUUUAGUGAACACUUCGGUAAUUUGAAAAUAAGAAUAAUUAAAUAAAAGAAAUACUAUAUUACGGUCUCCAGUGCAAGGUCAUCGAAUGACUGACACAUUUGAGACACCCGUCCCUCCACGAUCUCGUAUUUAUUAAAACAGAUAUGCUGGAAUGAAGGAAAAUGAAAACGUAAGGAGUAAUUAAUGAAAUAAUUAAGUAAGGUGUUCACACAGGCUGACUUAUAAUCUAAACUACAGAGAUAGUGUAAAAUAAAUAGAUCCUUUUAAUAUGAUGUAUGUAUAUCUAUAACUUUAUUGACAGCAGGCUGCAGUUUCCUUAAGCAUGUUUUUUCUCUUUUCCUUUUUUUUUUUUUUUUGUGUGUUUUGUUAUUUUCAUAUUGUAUCUCUUAGGCAUAUUGAUGUUUAGUUCCUUUUUCUUUUAUUCUUCUUCACUUAUGACUUUUCUUAAUCUAAAUCUGGUCCUUUUCCGUUUCCAUGUAUCUGAAAAAAGUUGAUUGUUUUUGGAGGGAAGAGGACGAGAAAGGAAACGAAAAAAAAGAUAUCGAAUUUUUUAAUGAAGAUUAAAAAAAAAGAAAAUUUGUAUAAUAAGAACUUUUGAAUCGUUAGACACGUUUCUGUACUGUCAUAUUGCAUCAAACAUGGAAACUAGUUUAUUUUUUAUCUCGGAUUUAUAAUAGUUAAUUAUUAGGCACCUUUAAGACUACAAUUAUUGUUACUAUUAUUAUUACUUCUAUGAUAAUUAUUACUAUUAUACUACUAUUAUCAUUAUGAACUAUUUACAGCUAUUUAUCACUAUUUACUGUUGCGACUGCUCCUACUGCAACCAUUAUGAUUGCACUACUAUACACGCUAUUAUUACUGUCUAUGAUAAUUAACAAAUAUUGUACGAUGAUGCUUAUAAGUGUUUAAAUUUUAGAUGAUUAGAUAUGAAAGAGAUCAUGAUAUCUACUGGAUGGAGGGAGGGGUAUUUGUAAUAUGUGCGGUGUACUCGGCGGGGGGCGUCGAUCUGAAAAGUCUACCUGAUUAAAUAUAUGACUUAAUUGUAUUUACUCUGUAGGAUUUACCAUAGUUCUAAACAAGGAAUAUUUCGGAAGAAUGCUCUCAAAUGCUCAUGUUUAUUACUGAGCGAGUCGCGUUGUGUCUUACUUUGUCAAUAAGAAUUGCAAGUAUUGCGCUAAUGUAAUUUUAAAUUUUUUACGAGGUCACACUAUAAUCAGUAGGUUACAAUUAAUAACGGAUCAACAAUUUGCGUAAGCUUCCUCACUAUUGAUCUCAAUACGAUUUAGCUUUUUCUUUCCCUUUAUGGCAUCUGUUCUUUCUCUCGUCAAAUUGUUGUAACUUUAACCACUUUUUCUUCGUUUCUACAUUGUUUUCUUUAUUAUUUCACCUUGCCAUAUUUCUCGUAAUACACAAAUUCGUAAUAAGCGGUGCGAAUUUUUUUUUUUUGUAUAUGUCAUUGAUCGACUUUCAAAUCAAUUAACUCCUGUACUUAUCCUCCGCAUUGUCUAUUUAAAGUGCUCGUUACCAUUUUCGGAUUCGAUACGUUUAAUUAACAGUAUCGCGUAGCAUCGUAGUAACAGAUAUGUAAAAGUCGAUGGGAUGAUGAGAAAGCAUUAACAAACGCGACUCGUGGAAACUUCUGGGAUCAACGCAAUAACACAUUUACUGACUAAACUAAAGACAAGAAAAGACGAGUAGGGAGCUCAAUCAAAGGAAAACCACCUUUUACACUAAUUAUUAUGGUAAUUACACGAAACACGUAAAACAUAACCGUACUCUCAACAGAUACACAUGUAACACGUACACUUCUACGCGCAUAAAGAAGUAAACUAAUUAAACAGAGGCCACAAGUUAUUGAACAUCCAAAUAAUAGUAAAUUAAUAAGAUGCUAAAAGUAGAUAAUGAAAAAGAAGUUAAAUUGAAAGGGCGAUGACUUUGUGGUUGUACUAAAUAAUACGUUAUUUAAUACCUACUUGAGAGGCAGAGAGCGAGAGAGGGAGAGAAAGAUGAGAGAGAGACUGUGAGAGCAGCAAAUUUAAAUAGCGAGAGAGAGAGAGAGAGAAAGUUUUUAUCUUUACGGCUGUUUUUUCAGAACUUAUUUUAUAAAGUAAUAUAAUAAAGAAACGUAAAUGAAAAAGCCACUAGUAUAUCGAUUAUGAUUAUAAUUAUUACUACUAACUAUUGUAUUUCUUACUAUUAUCGAUUUUUAAAAUAAAGUUAAAGCGUAUAAAUUUAAAGGAUUUUUAAGUGUAUGCAAAGCGUUAGGAGAAAGUGAUCAUAAUAACAUUUGAUUUAUAGAUGUAUUAAGGAUAUAAUUAAUGUGUUUGCUGGAAUCGGUAAGCCAGGUAAAUUAAUUUAUAUUAUAAUUAACGAGUCUCAGAGGGAUGAUUAAAUUACUCUAGUACGAAGGGAUGGGAAAUGUGAGGGAGAAAAAAAAGUAAAUAAUGACACAAAGUUAAAUGGCUGCCUUGCCGCACUUGUAUAUACAUAUAUUUUAGGGUACGCUGGAAAAGUAUAAUAUCGAGAUAAUAAGCGAAAGUGGUAGCAAUGGAUUUGAAAAAAUACACACAAAAUGAUGACGAGAAAGCGGGACUAUUCGAAUAAUUGACAAUUAAUAAUUAUAACAGAUAAUAUAUUUAUAUUUAACGCGAUAUUAUUAGUAUUUUUCAAUACAGAAAUAAUGCAUCUAAUUAAUGUAAUAGGUAGCAAAUAGGGAAAAAUACUUUGAUUCUAGCUGUUGUUACUAUCUGUCGUAAUUUCGUCGUUUUUACGAAUUACGACUUGCUCUCAGGGUUGUUACUGUCUUUUUUCCUCUUUUAUCUUUUAAUUUUCUACCUUUUUCAAUCACUUUUUUUUAUAUUCUCCCUGUCUAAGAUUUCACUUCCUAUUAGAAUCUUUGAAAAUGAUUGUAUUUAUAUUUUUUAGGUUGGUAUCUCAUUUCUCUUCUUGUUCUUUCCUUUUUUUCUUUUUUUUUGUUAAUUCUUUUUUUGUUAAAUAAAUAGGCACUGAACUCAGUAUUUGAAGGAAGCAUUCUCAAAUGUUUUUUUUUUAAAUCAUUUUAUGAGCGGUGUCAUGCGGAAAAGCAUGGUUUUUGCUGUAAAAUAUUUAUUGUUGAUUCGUAGGACUGAAACACUUUUUAUUUCAUAUAGAGAAGUAAUAAUUGUACAUUAAGGUUUAAGUAAUGGGAGGGGGGAGAAGAUCACAUACAGCUAGAUUUAAUUCUUCGUUACUUUUAAGACAUUACCAACAGGGAGAGUAAAAGAAACAAACAAUUCAACUUUAUAAACAAUGUUAGAUGUGUAAUUUUUACAAUUUUUAUACUUUUGCAUGUUUUAGUAUUUUCCCUCUACUUUACCGAAUCAUUUACUAUUUAAAUAAUCUUGCUGUCUUUUUCGCGUAUUGAAAUAAUAAAAUAAUGUUUAUUCAUUUGUUCAUGCAUUUCAUAAAUUCGUUUAAUCAUUGUCUCUUUUAUGUAUUUUUUUUCUUGUUUUGUUUUUGCGAGGAAUUUCUUAAAGAUAUAUAAUAUAUUUAGUUAAUUCACCGUUUGCCUUAAUUUAAUUAGAUAGUGCACGCAUUCAAUAUUUUUAAUGUAACGAACUUAGUUUGCAAGGUAAUUAAAUAAUAAAAAAGAAAAAGAGUUAAGCAUUCAAUAUUUAAAGAUGAGAUACGAUAAAUAUAUUGUAAUUCCGGGGGCGUUACAUGUCUGUUUUUAACGUUAACACAUACUUGACGUCCCGCUCACUGAAGACUGGUCAUUAUAAUUAAAUGUUAUACUUAAAUAACUUACUAUUCAUAUUGUAAUUUAUACAAGAAACAGUUUUUAUCGAUGAGUUUAUCUUGUACUUUUAAUGGAUAUUAAUGUAAUUAGUUGGUAUCACAACGACGUAUUGGCUAUUGCAUUUCUACACGCUUAUUAUUGUAUUUCAAUUGAUUCUUCUAACACAUUCGCAUUUUUCCCCCUCUUGUUUGUUGGCUUAGUAGGCGAGAAAGAACAACGUCGAAAUUCGAUAAUAGAGUACAUAUAUUUGCCACGAAUCAAAAUGGCACGAAACUACGUGGGCAUUUUUCCAAGUUGUAAGGAAUAACGUUCGGGAAAGAUCUGUUGGUCGUACGACGAUGUAUUUUUAACUUUCACGUUGAAAUCAUUUUUAACUAUCAUUCAAAGCACAAAUUCCAUCGAUGAUAGGUAAUAACCAAAAAGAAAGUUAACCACUGCCUGAGCUUGUUCCUUGUCUAUCAUCGGUUUCGUUGCAUGAUCAGUUAACGGCCCCAGAAUUUUGUAACUUUUCGAGCUGUUGCCAAUUGUAUCUUAAUCAUUGUGAGGCACAAAGAAAAGCAACAGAGAACAGAACAAAUGAAACGUCGAUUAAAGUUGAAACUUGUUUAACACUCAGUUGAUCGCGUUCGAAUGAAACGAUAAGAGAAAGCUAGGAAAGGGAAGAAUGGGGAAGUUGUCAUUGGUGUAGCGUUCAGGUAGUGCAAUGAUUUCGGUAUUACACGAAAACGUAGGCAGAAUACACGCGAUUUCAGAGAGGAAGGAAAACACGAAAUAGAACAAAAUUAAAUAAUAAGGAACGGAAUGUGUGUCAUAUAUGUAUAUGCAUAUAUAGACGUACAUACACUGUUAGAGACACGCGAGUACACUGGUACACACCGUGAAUAUUCUAAAUUACGUUUACAGUAGAUGCAGUUAAGGUAUUAAAUUCUAAUUCUGCAAAGUGAUUUUCUGCGCGCCUGUUAGGACGACGUAAUUGUUGUCGAAAAAAGAAACUAAUUAAUAAUAAUAAUAAUAAUAAUAAAAAAGAGAAACCUGUAUAGUAGCGAAGGGAAAACAUAGAAAAUUAAAGGAAAAACAAAAAAAUUGAGAACACUUCAAGUUUUACAAUAAGAGAGAGACAGAUAGAUUGAAAAAUUCUAAAUGUACUACGUUUAUGUUAAGUACCCUGCUAUAAGCGUGAAAGAAAGAAACUUUAUAUCGACGUAUAGAUGGUGUAUAGGCGAACCGUUUAACGACACGUUGUGUGCGCAAGAAAAAUCGACACGUGUACACACACUCAUCGACACACAUGUUCACACACCACUCCACACUACUACAUUAAAAUGCUUCACAUUCUGAGACUAAGGGCUUUGGGAGGGAGAGAAUUUGAAAAAGAAAAAAAAAGGGGGAGGAAAACAUUUCUAAAGAUUCUUAACGAAACCGUGAGUGCAUUAGCGGAUUGGAGAAACGAUCGAAUAGGAACGACUAAAUAAUAAUAAGGCUUGUUUCUUCCUGAAAUGUUACUCGAGAACCACUAACCGCAAAAGAAAAAUUCAGCAUAAACGAAAAGUAGAAAAAGCAACAAACAAAAGCAGACACACAAUUAAACAAUAAAGAAAACGGGAGAAAAAUGAAAUUGAUAUAUCUUUAUUUCGCUGGAGAAAAAUGAAACAAACGAUUAUCCGCUUUAGUGAAUGGAAUUCCUACAGUUUGGAAUGCUUUGUCUCGCAUUGAACGAACGAGAAUCGAUCGAUCUACUUUUAUCAUAUUUUAGUGUGAAGUAUAAGAUAAAAUAAACGUAAAGAAAUGAAAUAAAGUCGACGAUGACGAUUGUAACGAUAAUAAAUGAAAUUGUUAACUGUAAUAACAUGACCUGUAUACUUGUAACUUUUAGCAUUAUAUUGGUAAGAUCGUGCCCCCCUGUACGAGACAAACGAUUAGAAUAUUUAUAGUGGAACGAUAGAUAAAUGUGAAACGACGACGAAGAAAAAUAAGGAAAUAUGAUUAAAUGAAAAUGAUAUAUGUUAAUAAGAUUACGGUCGCAUCGGCUGCCAGUCGAGAAAAGUAAACGGCCUAGCCGAUGUGACUAUGAAACGGCGAAAAAGUAAUACGUAUCCAUGUUCAUCAUGUUUUACCUCAGAUUUAAGGAUACAUUUAAGGAUCUUUACGCUCGCACGCUUUCUGUCCAUCUCAUUCCCAGUGACCUAGGCUAGAAAACUCUCUGUACCGAAUGGAGUGUCCGACUUUUCAAUCGUGUUAAACAAAUAACACGCUGUCAAGAAUUUUAAAUAAAAGUUUCCUUAGCUAGAAAAAAUUGCACGUGAAUUUCUGUUUUCGGGAUAUGUGUAUUCAUAAUCCAGACGAAGUCGAACACUCCAUUAUCAGCACAGUAGCAGUAAAAAAAAAUAUAUAUAUACAUACAUAUAUAUAUAUAUAUAUAUACACACACACCAGGCCAAAGCGCAUUGUCUCUACCUUUAAGAAUUCUCUUAAGGAAGAGUCUAAGAAAUUAGAGUUGUAGAAUCAAGAAAGAGAGACGAAAGAAGUAAAAAAAAAAAAGGAAAACAGGACAGGAUAAAGAGAGAGAGGAAGGAAAGGAAUAAUUAUGUAGGAGGAGUAAAAAUAUUACAGAUUGAGAGAGAGAGAGCGAGAGAGAGAGAGAUUUUUUGUCGCGGUGAACAUUAUAAUAUUAUGCGCGUUUACUGAUAAUAACGAUUUAAUGAACGAUGAUUGAUUAUUAUUAUUAAUUACUAUUAUUACACAUAAUACAGAGAGCGGAGAUGUUGAGAGAGAACACAUGUUUACGUGCUAUUCUGUAUAUAUACACGUAUAUAUACAAUUUUUUAUAUAUAUGUAUAUAUAUUCCAAAUAUAUAUGUAUAUAUACAUAUAUAUGAUAUAUAUAUAUAUUAUUCAUUACAACAUAUAUGUAUGUACACGCACUCGUAUGUCUGCUCGUGUAAAUGUAUAUCUUUAAAAAAAGCAGGACAAAAUAUAUCGAUAUAGGGGCGUACGUAUUUCUUUUUUAAAAAUGUUAUGUACAUUUUGCAUGCACGGCCAUUCGUGCACGCGUAAUGUCGACAUAUUAACAUCUAUGUAUACCACAUAUAUACACUUCUGUACACACUACAAUUUUCUUCGAUCUGCUUUAUUUUUCUUUUUUUGUUUUGAUUCUACUCUCAAGGGAAAAUGGCCGUAUAAAAAGAAAGAAAGGAAUGGAGGGAGGGUGGGAAAAUUCAUUGAAAAAAAAGGGAAAUUUAACGGUUGAUAUUCAGACAUUGCAAUACGGAACGAAAAAAGAACAGAUGAGAUAAGCAAAUACCUUAUUAGUCUUAAUUAGUUGUGAAUAAAGAAAACGAAAGGGGAAGGUAAUGGACGGAGAGAGAGAGAGAGAGAGAGAGAGAGAGAAUGAGAAGAAGAGAAGAAACGUGUUCGGUAGGGAGAGAGUGAGAAAAGUGUAAGAUUGUGUGUGAGAGAGAGAGAGACAGAGGGUAAAUUAAUUAGUCUUUAAUUAAGUAGGAAGGAAAGGGUAGUAAAUUGCAUUCAAAACAUACACAUUUUUUUCGACGCAUGUAUUACGUCUCGAUAAAAACAAAUAUUCUUAUCUUUCUUUUUUUUCUGUACAGAUACGUUUAAUCGAUUUACGCAUUGCCGCGUUAACGAUAGUUUUAGCUUUAAUUAAUUCGAUAACUCAACUAUUUCUUGGAGACUGAACGUAGUCUUUAUCUUCCUAAACGAUAUUUAACGGUGGUGUACGCAUGGUUCGAUCGAUAAUGUCAAGUUGGGUGGUGAGUUAUUCAGUCGAGUCGUAUUAUUCGAUUUGUUUUUGUUGUGCAAACGAGACACGAUAACAAUUCACAUUCAAAUGUAUAGUGCUUGAAAACAUCGUAUAUAUGUGUAUGUAUACAUGCGCAACAUUGUCUAUGAAACAUGUGGGAGUCAUUAAUUUCGCAUGCUUAGCACAGAAGUCGACAAAGAAAAUUGGGUAAAUACUACAUAAAUAUAUAGAGAGGUGUGUGGGUUUGUUAUUACGAUUCGCUAUUUUUCAAUUGCUGCUACUUUUAUUAUUGUCAUUACUGUCACUCCAUAGUAGUUAUUUACUUAAGUAGUAGUUGUUGCUAAUGCUAUUAUUACUCUUCUACUUUCCUCACAACUAAGAUUAUCGCUAUUCACUUUUGCAAAUAUUGCUUUUCCUCUUUUCAUAUUUUAAUCUAACUGUUUCCUAGUUUUCUUGCUCUAUUGUCCUUUUUCGUCAGGGUUACAUGAUUUUAUGUGUUAAAACUACAAUACAAUAUCAAUAACUAAUGGUCGUAUCUAGCAACAAAAGUUCAUAAGGUCGACUAUAUAAAAAUAUAAAGAUCAGAUAUGCAUCUUGUUGGUCGUCACAUUUACAUUCUCGUCCGAUUCGUAUGAUCGUCACGUUCGUCUGAACGUGUACCAUUUACUUUCCGAAACGACGUGAUAAGUUGAAAGAUAAGAGUAGUUAUAAAUCAUGUUAAUAGGUCGAAUUGUUAGCAGACAGUGGAAUGAUCCGUAAAUUUCUCUUUUUUUUUUUUUGUGAAAAUAAAAUGAUAAAAAGAGGACAAACCGAGAGAAAGGGAGGGAGAGAAAGAGUGAGAGAAUGAGAUUUUUUGGUAUCAGAAUAAAAGCUGCUAGCAAUUUCUGUAAUUUAACUACCGUUUGGAUACAAUUUACUCGCAGGCAUCAUCUUUUUAGAAUACUUUUAGAGAUAAUGAAAAAAGAAACAAACGAGAAUGGAACGCAAGAGGGAUACUCAGAUGUUUUUUAAUCGUUCUUAAGGAUUUGUCGAAUAACAUAUACCUCAUUGUAACUAAUGAACCGUGAUUUUCAACGAGGCGUCAGCUGCUUCUUUUUUAUUCCUGGAGUUCCUAAACGUGUCGGUCCUUUCGUAAUAAGUCCUUCGCUCGUUAGCUGAUAUCGCAGGCAGCCAGGCCGUCGAUUUUCGUCGACCAUUACGUUACGUGUUACAUACAAUUAAAUGGUAUUAUUCCACUAAAGAUGUAAAUUACUAACCGCUAAGGAUUUAACGUGUUACAAGAUUUUUCACACUAUAGUUAAGCAUAUUCACGCAGACACACAGAGACAGGCACGUCCGCAUUCAUUCAACGCCUCUUUCUAUGAUACUUCCGCGAUCGUGAGUUACUAGAUAAAUCAAAAGAAAUAAUCGAGUAGCCUGUAGAAAUUUUGUACAGUCGAACGUUUGUUCAGUCCAUAAAUUAACGCUUAACGUCAGUCUCUCAGAUCACGUAUAUAAUCGUAACGAUAGGUUAGUUUUCUUUCCCAUUUUCUCUUUAUAUUUUCUCAAAAUAACAGCCAAGUCCGAGAGAUCGAUGUUACGGGUUAAAAAAAGAAGAAAUCUCGACGUUUCAGACUGAAACUCUCUAAGCGGUUAAGAAUAGUUAUUACUCUCGCCUUGAUUUUCACGCAUUAUUUGCAGAACCGGCGAAGAGAGAUGCUAUGGUAGCUCACGAUUAGACCGUUCAAUUUUAAGUAAGUCAGCCUCUAAGCAAUUCGGGACCCGAAAGAAACGUUUUUCGAUUAAGUACUAGUUAAUUAUAAUACGUAAUUAAUUCCUAGGGAUAUCGUGAUCGGGCAGAAGUACAACGUAAAAAAAACGAAUGAAUCGAAUGGAUUAAAAAGUUGGGUGUAGAAUGCGGGGAUUAUGUAUGACUAGGGGGAAGGGGUGGAGAGUAGAAUUUUUCGAUAAGAAAGAAUCAUGAACGAAGCCUUAAAAUGCAGAUAAACAAAAAAAAAAAAAAACGGUACUUUUACUCUUCGUAUAGAAAUCUACUGGUUAAUAUACUUAGACGGUACGUCCAGAUCAGAAAGAUACAAAACUUGUUAGAUUGUUAUUACUGAUAUUAAUCGAUUAAUUGAUUAAUUAAUUAAGGGAUUUAACGUAAUGGUUUAUUGUCGAAUUAAACAAGCAACCGUUCUCUAGUUGGAUACGCAGAUACGUAUCUUUCUAUCAGCUGAAUUCGUGUCGGAAUAAGUUCACCCUUGCAUUUAGCAUUCGUAAUGACGAGUGCCGCCGCGACAAACGUGACCGUCAUGCGACCAGAAUUUCUAUGAUAUUCGAUGUGCUCGAAACAGUAAAUGUGACGACAACGGAGGACAUUUUUCCGUUUUUUAAGCGUAGGCAUAGUUCACUGAACUUGAACAAGUCACGAAAAAGAUACAGAAUAUAAUAGGAUGUUGAAGAAUUUGUACACACAAGCGUACUUUGCUUGAACUUAAUUAGAAGACCACGUUACCCUUAUUAGAGACAAGUAUGCAUAUACCUGUAUACCGUUCAACUAUAAAAUCGACAUAAACGACGGUAUAAAACGAGAUUCGAUAAACACAAUGUGUUUUUACGACACGAAAAACACGAAGUUUUUACGAGUCUUGUAUGCGCAUGCACUAAUCAUUUUACCAUAGAAUUAACUGUUUGUACUUUAACGAGUAAUAUUUAAUAUUUCGAUGUGUAUCUAUCAAUAUACGUGUGUACGUACGUACGUAGAAAAAGAGAAAUCGCGAAGAUAAAUAGAAGUUUCCGUGUAUAAUUAUAACUUAAGGAAAACAAACAAAUAUUAACGAGAGAAUAAAUCAGGGCCGGCUGGUGGUUGGAACGAAUUUUCGAUAACUCUGUCUAUCGUAGCACGUGUUUAAGAUUCCAUAAUUUUAUUUGCUAAGAUGUUGAUUUUAACGAUGGAAAUUAGUUAUUCGAUGAUAGUUGCUAAUUACGUUUGAGUCCCGACUGAAAAGUAUCCGAGUACAACUAGCUUCGAACAUAAGCAGGCUGAAACGAAUGAAAUUGACUUUGCUCAUUCCAAGAAUGUCGAGUCCUCUGAAACGGUCCUAAUAAGACUGACGCUCUCGGACAAAACGAAAAAUAACAAAAAAAUAACAAAAA